ACCAAUUUUAAAAGCGAGAGCAACACUUCCUGUUUUGGUAGCGGCGACAAACACACGCGGAAACAACAAACGAACCGAGAGGUUUUUAGCCGUUUAACCUUUCGUCAACCACGGCGUCCGAAAUUUCGUCAACUCCGUGUUUUUAAUCCAACGACUCCCGCUUGCUCGCUAGGCAGCUGAGUGAGCUUGAGCUUCGGUGGAUUCGUCACAAUGCCGUCCCGGGUCGAGGAUUAUGAAGUUCUGCACACUAUCGGAUCCGGCUCAUACGGAAGAUGUCAGAAAGUAAGACGAAGAUCGGACGGGAAAAUGCUGGUGUGGAAGGAGCUGGAUUACGGCACGAUGGGUGAGAGUGAGAAGCAGAUGCUGGUGUCAGAGGUCAACCUCCUCCGUGAGCUCAAGCAUCCAAACAUCGUCCGGUACUACGACAGGAUCAUCGACCGCUUCAACACCAAGCUCUACAUCGUCAUGGAGUACUGCGAGGGAGGAGACCUGUCCAGCCUCAUCGCCCGCUGCAUCAAAGAAAGGCGUUUCCUAGAGGAGCAGUUCAUCCUGCGGGUCAUGGCUCAGCUCACACUAGCCCUGAAUGAGUGCCACAGGCGGCGCGACGGCAGAGCUACCGUGCUACAUCGGGACCUGAAACCAGCAAACAUCUUCCUGGACAGCAAGCAAAAUGUUAAACUGGGAGAUUUCGGUCUGGCCAGGAUCCUGAACCACGACACAAGUUUUGCCAAAACCUUUGUUGGGACGCCAUACUACAUGUCACCGGAACAAAUAAAUCAAAUGUCCUACAACGAGAAGUCAGACAUUUGGUCUCUGGGCUGUUUGCUCUACGAACUGUGUGCACUCUCGCCUCCUUUUACGGCGUACAACCAGCGGGAUCUGGCAGAGAAAAUCCGAGUGGGGAAGUUCCGGAGAAUCCCGUGCAGAUACUCUGAGGAGCUGAGCACGCUGCUCAGUAAAAUGCUCCAUUUGAAGGACUACAUGCGUCCCUCCGUGGAUUCCAUCUUGCAGAGCAGCCUGCUGGCUGAUGCGGUCAGUGAGGAGCAGAAGAAGGCGCAGACGCGAAGACAGUCACCGGAAUCUGACUGUCCGCUUCAUAAGCCUACGGCUUCCGCGGAACUCCGACUCAAAGAGCAGCUGCUGCAGGACCGAGAGAGGUGUCUGAAGGAGCGCGAGGAGCGGCUGGAGCAACGAGAGCGUGAGCUGUGCGCUCGUGAGCGACUCGCCACGGACAAGCUGGAGAGAGCCGAGAAUUUGCUGAAGAACCUCAACCAGCUGCAGAGGAACCUGUCUCCUUACUGUGCCAAAGCCCAAGAUGUGGUCGGAAACGUCUCUCCCAGUAAGAGGAAGGUCCACUUUGCUGGCGAGACGAAAGAGAACCAGCAGGCUCAUACUCGUGUGUUGCCUCCAGAGCAGAGUAUUCAGUGGAGGCUUCGAGCGGCCAAGAUGCGAGCGCAAGCUCUCAGUAACCUGGAGAGAGAGUGUCAGCAGAAGAGCCGGCAGCUGCUUGGCAUCCGCUGAUCCAGCCGGUGCUGUGACCCGACCCAAUGUGACUAUUUAAGGACCAUCGUAGAC